CACCUUUCAUAGGAACCAGGAAUUAUCACGGGUAGAACUUUGAACGGAACAAAUCCCACAAAAUCAGCUACCUCGCCGCAUAUACAGCGGUUCCUUCUUCUUAUUCGCGCAGGUGGUCACGCCCACGACCGUCGGGUGGCAUCUUCCAACUCCGAGUUCAUCAGGCACAGCAGGCAGGUGUGGGCAGCACCCAACGAGUUCAAUCAGGCACAACCGGACGGCGAUGGUAGCGACCCUGUGAAUUUUUCAGAUAUGACGAGGAAAAAAAUGCAUGUUGUCGAAUCCAACGAAGAAUAUUUGGUCGAGGAACAGAUCGAGCAACAAAAUUGUGUUGAAAAAAUUCAAGAAUCAUCUGAUCAUCAAGUUAUCACAACAAGUAACGAUGAAGAAGGCUCCACAGAUUGUGAUGAUGAUGCUGAUAACGAUGAAGGAACAAAAGGGCGUAAGAAGAGAAAGCUUAAAUAUAUUUGGAACCUUCCUGUUGGAAAAAGGAUUGUGGUUAAGUGCAAUGAUUUAGAUCAGCCAAUUGGGAAAGAAGCUAAACAUCUUGGAAACUUUCUUGGCACGAUAGCUAGGAAUGGAUCCUUGUGUAGCUUGUCCUACAAGGAUUGGAGAUUGUUGAUAGGAGAAAAAGAUAAAGAAACUAAUGUAAGGAUAAACUUAAAGGCUAUACUUGAUCAAGUAAAGAUGAGGUUCCUAUAUCCUUCACGAUUGGAACCAUAUAUAUUAAAAACAAUUAGAGACCGAUGGAGGCAACAUAAGUCAGACAUGAAAGCACUCUACUUUAAUGAUAAGAAGAGCAUUGAAGCAAAUUACAGCAAUGGUCCAAGUUGUGUGAGUCCAGAUCAGUGGAGAGCUCUAGUGAAUAAUUGGACAAGCCAGAAAGCAAAGGAUAUAAGUGCUCAAAAUAGGGAAAACUGUGGGAAGAGGAAGUCCACGCAUACCGCUGGAACGAAGAGUUUUUCUCGGAAUAGGGAAGAAUUGAGAGAACAAGAUCCUGAGAAGAAGUACCCUCAUAGGGCUGUCUUGUACAUCCAUACACACAAGCCUAUAAGCAAGGAUAACAAGAAAAUUAAUGCACAUGUGGCAAGGUUGAAAGGUAUCUUAGAAGAGCAACCAGAGUUAGCAGAUACCAGCCAAGGAAAGACUGCUUGGAAAGGAGAUGCAUUGAAUAUAGUCUUGGGAGAUGAGAAGUCUGGUCAUGUACAUGGUUUGGGACUAGUUCCUAAUCCAAACAAAGUUCUUGAUGUGUCAACUUCCCGCCGCUUCCAGAAUAUACAAUUUACUUCAUUGGAGGAUAUACCAAAUGAAGCUAUGCUAUCUCUUAGCGUUGAGAUGGAAAAAAUAGGACAAUAUGUGAAGAAUCAAGGUGCUGAAAUGCUGGAACUGAAAGAGAAGAUAAGAGAGUUGGAAAGAGAACCGGAUCAGAGAAGUUUGGAAAUUAUGGAGCUAAAAGAGAAGAUAAGAGAGUUGGAAAGAGGACCGAAUCAGAGAAGUUUGAAUCUUGUGCCUACUCUUCGAGAUGAUCCUCCUGUAGAUGGACAUAAUUCUAAGAGGAAAAGAGUAUAUGGCACUUCUCCUAGUAAACAACUCCCAAUGGUCAAGGAACCAAAUAAUUUGAUGAUCAAGCAGAGUGGUUUCCCUGAUCUGGACUCGCAAUCAUCAAUCAAGCCGGCUACUCAAGAUAAGAACAAAGAAAGUUUGGUUCAAAAUGGCAAUGCACAACAAGGGGAGAAAAAUGCUGCUGUACACAAUAACAUGAAAACAACCCCCCUACAGAGCGAGAAACAAAGAGUAACUGGGGUAUCAACAUCAGUCAAGCAUGAUUUUAAGAGCAGGAACUCAAAAGUUGCUAAUGCACCCGUGCUUUCUAAUAAACAACAAAGUGGUUCAGUAAGUUGGUUGGGUGCUGGCUUGCUACCAGCAGGCACUAAAGUAUUCUUGAAGAGCCUAGCAAGCGGAAAUAAGGACGUUGCUCUUGCUACAAUUGUAAGCACCGAUCCGAAAUAUAAACUCGAUGGUGCUGAAAUAACAAACCAAUUCUGGGCUGUACAUGUCAUUGCUGCACUUGUGAAAACCGAAGAGCUGGUACGGAAACGAAAAAAUUGUACCACUCUUGGUAACGCAGAAGGAACAAAAAUUGCAUGGCCUUCAACCUUUAUUCAAAAGAUAAAUGGAUGAUGAUAUGGGUGACUAGUUGAACGGAAGGAGGAACAGUUGCUGUUGCGGCUGGAUAAUGUACUUCACAUCUAUGCAUCUGUAGUUAUUUCGUGGGAGGACAGUGAUGUUGUAAACAUAAUAUUUAUAUAUGUACCACGUGGAUGGUGUUCCUCUUGUAAUGCUACCAUUUGAGUCCAACAUAUAUGUUUCUCUUUUA